AUGACAGGCCACCUUAACCAUAGGAGGGAAAGGGUAGACAAGUCCAAAUCAAGUCAUUCUCCUAUCAUUCAUGAAGUUCCAGAUUCACCAAAUAAGUUUGAGAUAAGAAGAAAAGAAAAAUUGGAUGCAAUCGACAAAAUAGUUGCCAAAUCAAGACUAAAAGCUCAACAAAACAGAGCACGUAUGGCAGAAAUAGAAAAGGAACUCACUAGAAAGCAAGUGAUCAGGGAUCCAGCUCUUAAGGUGCCAAGAAGGAAAGAUGUUUAUAUCACCAAACCUGUCACUAUAUCACAACAAGUCGUCCAACCAAAGCUUCCCCAAAUUGAUCCUAAUGAUAGAGGAAAACAAAAGGUUGUCUUCAAAUCAAAGAAGGAGUUAGCCAAAGAAGAUCAAAAGAAAAUGGAUGAAGAGUUAACAGAGAAAUAUGAAGCUAAGGAGUUAAAGUCUAAACAAGAGGUGCUUCUUGGAAAGAAAUCUCCAGAGAUCUCUUCUGAAGAAAGAAACACGUGGCAUGAUAAUCAAUUCAAAGCACCGUCUGCUAAAAGAACCAUCUUCUUCUAUCCUGAUACAGAGUCAUAUCAGAAGAUUAAGGUCAUCAGGCCUACAAAUUCCUUUGCACCUCCUUCAGAUUCAUUUAAAGAAAACUGGGAUAUCCCUGCACCCCCGAAUGGUCCAAAGUCCAGUCUGUGGCCAAGUGCAAUAUUUCCAGUUAAGUCUGGUAUAGACAUUGAAGAGGUGAAGAAAAGAUUUUUUUUGAAGAAACCAAUUCAAGUUGUCUCUGUAUGGUUAAAGUUCAAAACUGCCUCAAUUAGUAAAAUUGACAUCCGGGAAUUUCGAAAGAUGCCAUAUGCUUUCUUUCAAGGAAAAGGACAUAAAACUCUGUAUUCAUGUUUUCUGAAGCUGAUUUCCCUUGGAUAA